GUAUUCUCUAUGAGAUGUAGUUAGUUGUUAGUGUAGCAAGUUGUCUUCCCUGAUCACACAAUACAAGGAGAAGAGAGAUUCGUCUACACACUAGCAGAUGAGAUAUUGUGCGGAGUGGAGAGCAGCGGAAAGCUUGUUCGUUGGCCCUUGCUAAAAGUAUUGCGCUGCAGAAAACUCCUAUUUGUACUAGGCACUAAAAUAAAAUUAGUGGUGGUCGUAGUGCCGUACGGGUUUUCUUUCAGGGCAUUGAAUAGCUGCUGGUAGGGGCAUUGAAUCCGUGCCGGGGAGUUCGUUCGAUUCUGAUUCUGGAGGCCAGCGACUCAUACAGGUUGACGAGAUGACGAUCAAUGCUAUCCUAGAGGCGUUCUUCGGUUAUGUGAGCAGCGUGGAACGCUGGACUGGCGUGAAACUGGACCUGGGGACAGUAGUGCUGAUCGUGGGUGCACUGCAUGUAGUCAUUGGUCUGCUGGCGGCGGGGAGAAUCCACAGGGCAUGGGUCGCCUGGCGGUCCACUUCAAACUCUGGCGUGGGGAAAGUGGCGCUGACUGUUGUGAAACACAUCACGGAGAACUGCGAGCCCAACAACCCUGACCUGGCGUUGAAAUGCGCCGACGAGUUGCACGACAGCGGGAAGCACCACCUGAUACACAUUGGAGAUGUGAAGGGGAAGACGUUCGACAGCGCUGUUAGGGAGCACCGCCCGACUGUCGUACUGGAGCUAGGCGGUUACUUUGGGUAUUCCGCGCUGCGCGUAGCUCGUCUGUUGAGUGCCGACGACAACGCCAAACUCUACUCGAUGGAAAUCAACCAGGAGUGCGCGGAGAGCUGCCGUACGCUGCUCAAGUUCUGCGGCGUGGACGAUCGCGCCGAGGUGCUGAACUGCGCAGCGCAGGACGGCAUAGCGGAGUUCCGCGAACGAACCGGCCGCUCGUCCGUCGACAUGGUUGUCAUUGAUCACUGGAAGCCGCUGUACCUGCCAGACCUGAAGCGGCUGGAAGCCUCCGGUCUCAUGCACCCAGGAACCGUGAUCCUGGCAGAUAACAUCUUGUACCCGGGCGUUCCGGACUACAAGGAGUACGUGACGACGAGUCCCAAGUACCGGACGGAAAUGCACGUCAGCAAAAUGACAACGUACAUGGGUAACGAAGCCGAAGAUGCCGUCGCGAUAUCCGUCUAUCUCGGCGAGCAAGGUGAAGGCUGAAGCGUGAGUGCGUCUUGUCUUUCUUGGCCUGCCCUGUGUGUGUGUGUGUGUGCGCGCGUGUGAGUGCACGUGCAUUAGUGUAUAUGUGUGUGUGUGUGCGUGUCUGAGGUGUGUGUGCAUGUGUGUGUGUGUGGGUGUGUGUGUGGGGGUGCCGUUACAGACAUGUGUGUGCGCACGCAGCCACGCACAUGUACGAGUACUUGUUUUUAAUUUCCCCUCCCAUUAUAGUGAAGAUGUACUAUUUCCGCCGUGCGCUCAUUCACAAGCACGUGUGGUGUGUUUCGUUUUAGUGCCUUCUCUCCACCGGUCGGCGGGGGAAAUUCCCAGCUAUUUGGGCAAGUUGCGUUUCUUCACCUCGUUUUUUGGAAAUAAGCAAUUCAAGUGGACACUUUUUUGGACAAUUUUUUUUAUUAGGCAAAUAAUUUCUACCACAUUACUGUGGUGUUUGACACAUUCCCUUCAUGCAUUUUUUUGUCGUUAAUAUCUUGCUGCUCUUGUUCAUGUACGGUCUCAAAUUCCAUGUUGAAAAACAUUUGUUUACUUAUAAAAAAAAUAAAUAAAUAAAAAAAAUCACGGUUUGCGUGAGACUCGGCCAAAGGCCCAGUUUUCCGCAUCCGCAGGAACGCCA